GUUGACUCGUCAAUAAUUUGCGCUUGAUUGAAAAACAAAGGCAGGUGGUCGCUUUCUUCUCCCCCCCCCCCCCCACUCCCAUGGCUCUUCUUCUUUUUCUCAUGUGAUUUCCUUUCGGUUUCCGUCAAUGGAUCGAAGUUUACUAGCACUACUUGCAGCCAUUUUAAGCUUCUUUGUAGUAUCUGUGAUCUUAGCUUUGCUUAUCUUAAUAUGUAAAUCAACUAAAAUAACCCCUCCUCAAACCCGACCCUCACCUACCCCUCCCGAUCUCACCACAUGCGACAGCGCCGCCUUCGACCCCUCUCUCAAACGCCUCGACAUGGCGGAACUCGCCGCCGCCACCAAGAACUUCUCCUCCGACCUCAUCAUCGGUGACGGAAGCUUCGGAUACGUCUACAAAGCAACCCUCUCUUACGGCGUCACCGUCGCAAUUAAAAAGCUCGAUCCGAACGCCUUCCAGGGGCUUCGAGAGUUCCGCGCUGAGAUGGAAACCCUAGGCAAGCUUCGUCAUGACAACAUCGUUAAGAUCCUUGGGUUUUGCUCUUCGGGUGUGGAUCGCGUCUUGAUAUAUGAAUUCAUUGAGAGAGGAAGCUUGGACCAAUGGCUGUACGACGAGGAAGAAGAAAACUCGGUUGACAGUUUAACGUUAUCUUGGGAUACCAGGAAGAAGAUAGUCAAUGGGAUUGCUAAUGGUCUGGCCUUUUUACAUGGGCUUGAUACGCCCAUUAUCCAUAGAGAUAUCAAGGCUAGCAAUGUCUUACUGGAUACCGAUUUCGAGCCCCAUAUUGCUGAUUUCGGGCUUGCUCGGAAAGUUCAGGAGGCCCAUUCACAUGUAUCGACCCAAGUUGCAGGGACAAUGGGUUACAUGCCGCCAGAGUACCGUGAAGGAAACACUGCAGCGACGGUGAUGGCAGAUGUUUAUAGCUUUGGAGUAUUAAUGAUCGAGAUCGCCACCCAAAACCGACCCAAUUGGCCCGUGAGGUUCGAGAGUAAAGACUUGGGACUAGUGGAGUGGGCUAGAAAAAUGGUAGCCCAAAAUCGACAAACAGAAAUGAUAUAUCAAAAGAUUCCAGAUAAGGAGUUGAUCCAAGAUGAGGUGAAGGAGUAUUUCAGAAUUGCUUGUAUGUGCACUAAUGAGCUAUCUAAAAUAAGGCCUGCCAUGAGUCAAGUUGUUGAGCUGUUGAAUCAAAUUUCCUCAUGAACUUGCAAUUGGUAUAAUUCUUUCCCUUCAUAAGAAUGUUGUAUUAUUUUGUCAUCAUGUUAAAUA